AUGCCUCACGUCGACAUCUUGUUCAACCAGUUGCAGAAGAGAAAAACCGAGCCAGCGCAAGUUAGAACGGCUAUCGAUAAUUUUGAAAAAUGUAUUGUCGAUGUGAGAAAUAAAAUUGAUGACAUAAUAAAUGAAGCCAAAAAUGUAUUUGCACUGAACCCCAAGGCAACAAAGGGAGACGACGUAAUAAUAGCAGUCACGAUCACCGAGUUGCCGCAUUACAAUAUAGUGAAUUCUGCAAAUGACAGAUUUCAAUUCAAAGAUCAUUUGGUAGCUGCAUCCCUUUUUUUCCCGAACACUUUGGAGAAUACUGUGAUCAGUUUCCUGAUGACAUGUUGGAAACUACCUGCUUGGCUUAUCCCGAAUUAG